CUGCAGUACCUCAGUGUUUAUGACAGUUGUACUGAUUAGCCUUGCAUAAAGAGAGUGCUUAGUUAUUUAUUAAAAAUGGUGUUUUUGAGAACUAAAUAGGACAGGAUUACUAUAAAUUUCAAUGUAGUAUUCCUUCAUAAUAAUAGAUCAAACAGACAUAAUGUGUUGCAAGGGGAGCAUUCCCUGUGUGGAAGUAUCCAUAAUAGCUAACAACAGCAGCUGUUUUGAAUAUGAAUCAGUAUCUUAAAUACUAAAAGAAACAGAGAUGCUUUGUUUUUUCUUCUGGGAAGAAAAACACUUUGAAUGAUUAGGAGGUAGUAUGAUGUCUUUUGGAAUUGUUAAAAUUUGGAGAACGCUACAUCUCUGCUCCUUGAUUUCUGAAGGCAUUUCCUUGAAUGAUAGUAUAUUCCACAGUAGUUUUAACCAGUCUUGUGUAAUUUUCCACUGCUUUUUUUCCCCUCAAUAUCUUGAAAUUUCUUUCUUUCUUUUUUUUUUUUAGUUAUUCCCUUUUCAAUUUGCAAAUGAUUGCCAAUGAAAAGUGUCACUAAUGUGACAUUUAAAACACAAAUAUAUGUGUGUUAAGUAUCACAGUAACAGUGGUGAGGUGGAAUAGAAAACACAGUAAUCAAUGGGCAGAUGAUGCAAAUGGGAAUCAUAGCCUUAGCUAUUUUGAGAAGUUUCACUGUUGACCACAUUUGUAAGGGUAUUGACGGCCUCUUUUUUUCUCUAAAAAGAAUAUUAUAUUGUAAGUGAGCUCUAGAAAAUUUUCUAUGAAUAUGAAACUUCAUAUCUUCAUUGUUUAUAGUACGCUACUAACAAAGUGUUGUUUUAGUCGUAUUUCAAAUGAUAUCUUCUACUUUUUGUAUUGUAUUUAAAACAUUUGUCUUACUAUUCAUUUCAUAAUUAUUUUUUUUUAUUAUACCUGUUAUACCUGUGUCCUUCAUUCUUAUGGCAUUUUCAGUCUCUGUAUUCAUAUUCUAAGGCAAAUGUUGUGCCAGCGAAAGAUUUGCUGUUCAAAUAUAUUUUUGGUCACCCUUUCUUGUUUUUAAUCUUUACACGUGUACAGAUAAGUACAUAAGGCAGAAUUUCUGCACUAGCACUUUGGAAUUCUGUUCCCACUGAGGUCAGUGAGUGUCUCAUUACCUUUCAUGUUAGUAACCUUGAAAAUCUCAUUGUUGCUUUUCAACAUUCUAUUUAUAAGGUAACUAUUCUGGUGUGUUUUAAUUUCAGUCAUUAUGAAUAACACUCUGAAUACUAGCAUUUUGUAAGGAGCCAUGAAUAAUCCUGUGUUUCAGAAAUAAAAUUGAGUCAGGAGCUUUACUAAAACAAGAAUCUGAAUGUUAAUGUCAGAAAGAAAAUACUUUUUUAAUAGUUUAUCUGACAAGCAUAUGUAAACCUGUUUUCCCAAGCACCGUCCAUUUGCAAAAUGUUUUCUUAGAUGGACUUUUGUAAGCAGGGGGAUGGAGUGUGUUUUACACACGCAGCGAAGUCCAGCUUUCCUAGGAAAAGUUACUACCUCUUCGUCCUUUCCUGUCAAUAUAUUAUUUUCAAUAUAGUGAUCACUAGACUGUGAUCACCAAAGCCUGUUUAAGUUAACUUGGCCUAAAUGUUUUUCUUUGGAAGAUUUGGGAGGUUUUUCUAAAGAAGUAAUCUGAAAUAUCUUCAGGACAUAGUCCUUGCUAGAGGGGAGGGAAGGUAAACAUUUUAUGAGAAAAUGCAGAACCUUCAAGUGACCAGCUGGUUUCAGAAUGCCCGUAUGUGUACAUUCAAAGUUCAUUAAAAAGAAAUAUAGACAUUUCGAAAAUAGUUGUUAGAAUAGACAGAAGUUGUUUUUUCAUUUGUAGAGUGGAUGGAUAUCUUUAACUACUGAAACACAAUUUACUUAUAUUUGAAAAGAAUACAAACUUUUUCAGGACUUGAACAGAAUAUGAACAUUCAUAUUUAUUGAAGUCAGUGAAUUGGCAACCCGAGUAUCUUCAUAGGCCUUUGCAUUUUUAACUAUUUACGAUGGUAUCAACACCCUACUGAAGAAGAACUACGGAUUCUUGCAGGGAAGCAAAGAGGGAAGAGCAAAAAAGAUAGAAAAUACAAUGGUCACAUUGAAAACAAACCUUUAACCAUUCCAAAAGAUAUCGAUCUUCAUCUGGAAACAAAGUCUGUGACUGAAAGGGACACUAUCGCAUUGCAUUACUUUCCAGAAUAUCAGUGGCUGGUGGAUUUCACUGUUGCAGCUACAGUUGUGUAUGUGGUGACCGAAGCAUAUUACAGCAUUGUGAAGCCCUCACAAGAAAUGAAUAUCAGCGUAGUAUGGUGUCUACUUGUCUUGGCUUUUGCAGUUAAGGUACUGUUUUCACUGACCACUCAUUAUUUCAAAGUAGAGGAAGGAGGUGAAAGAUCAGUCUGUGUCACAUUUGGCUUUUUCUUCUUUGUGAAAGCAAUGGCAAUUUUGAUUGUGACAGAAAACUAUCUAGAGUUUGGACUGGAAUCAGGAUUCUCAAAUUUCUCAGAAAGUGCUAUGCAGUUUCUUGAAAAGCAGGGUUUGGAAUCCCAGGGUCCUGUGUCUAAACUAACCUUCAAAUUGUUCCUGGCUGUUUUGUGUUCACUUAUUGGUGCUUUUUUGACAUUCCCUGGCUUGCGACUGGCUCAAAUGCAUCUGGAUGCUCUGAAUUUAGCAACAGAAAAAAUAACACAAACACUGCUACAUAUAAACUUCUUGGCACCUUUAUUUAUGGUUCUUCUGUGGGUAAAACCAAUCACUAAGGACUACAUUAUGAACCCACCUUUGGGCAAAGAGAGCAUACCUUUAAUGUCGGAAGAUACAUUUGACACAGUGAGGUUGUGGAUUAUAAUCCUGCUGUGUGCUUUACGAUUGGCUAUGAUGCGCAGUCAUUUGCAGGCCUAUCUGAAUUUAGCACAGAAAAGUGUGGAUCAGAUGAAAAAGGAAGCUGGCAGAAUAAGCACAGUAGAUUUACAAAAAAUGGUGGCUCGAGUAUUCUAUUACCUUUGCGUAAUUGCACUGCAGUAUGUUGCACCAUUGGUAAUGCUCCUUCACACAACUCUGCUUUUGAAAACACUAGGUAAUUAUUCUUGGGGCAUCUACCCAGAACUGAAUUCCAACACUCCAGUAGAAAACAGUUUGCUUCCCAAUUCAGCUUAUUCUGAAUCUCUACCUGCUGAUGGAAAGAUGAAAGUAACCGUAGUACAAAUAACAAUGGCUUUGGGAAGCCUAAAGAAUAUUUUCACUCCUCUCCUGUUUCGGGGACUUCUGUCGUUCCUUACCUGGUGGGUUGCUGCUUGCCUCUUUUCUACAAGCCUUUUUGGGCUUUUCUAUCACCAGUACCUGACUGUGGCAUGAACGGAUCAACUGAUAAGUAUGAAGUCAAAUUCUAGAUACAAACCCAGGUACCCAAGAGGAGGUGAAGAAAAAAAGAAGAAAGAUAUUUAUGAAGAGAAAACAUAUCAUAUUUUUUAAACUCUUCCUCUGUGUUCUCAGGGUGAAUAUUCUUAAAAUGCUUAAAAUCACAACUGGGUUUGUUAGUUUUGUUACCCAAAUGGUAGGUAACUAAUUCAAUUAUAGCGGUGAGACUGAUAUUAUUAUGUGGCAGGCAUUGGUGUGCAUGUUGAAAUGUUACAACUUCAGAGUGUCUUGGUUUCCAUAAAGAGGAAGUCGCCUUCAACAGUUAAAGAAUCAGCAGUCAGUAACGAACUGUGUGAGUAGGUACUGGUCAUGCUGAUGGUGGCUACCUGUUGAGUACAAUGUUGAAACUGAGCCAUACAAUGGACAGAAAAAGGGGAUUUUAAAAAGUUCUGUUGGAUACUUUUUGAUCACUUUUCACCAUGAAAAAUGAAAUAAUCCAACAGGACAAAAGCAAUGCUGUAUAUUACAGUAAGGAAAGUUGUAUAAAAUUUCAGUUUAACAUAAGAAAAAUGUAUGGACCUGGCAGGUAUUGCUGCCUAAAUAUUAUGCAGGAAUGCUUGCACAGUGAAAGGGGAGUUAUAAAAAAAUAAAUAUAUAUAUAUAUAUAUAUAAUUUCAGUCCCUAAGUCAUUUUGAAGUAAUGGCCAUCUGUAUUGGUGCUAAUUUUGAUCCACAGAUUCCAUUCGGAUCUUUUAAAAUUUUUCUUUUUAGAUAAUAGAUAAAUUCCAUUGAAUUCACAAAUUCACAUAAUAGAAUUAGACUAGUGAUGCCAAUCAAACAUUUCAAAACAAUACAGUUUAAUCCUGCUGACUGAGAGUGUAUGUAUCUGUGAUGUACAUAUAUAUAUUAUAUAUGAAAUAUAUAAUAUAUAUGAAGUUAUAAAAUAUGGAAUCUUUAUUUUAAAUUACUGAAUGUAUAUUACAGGGCCAUGGGAGAGGGAUAUAUAUGUAUCUAGUAAUUUCAAGAACCCAUUUGAAAUGAAAAUUAAAUUUUUUUGAAAGUUCAGUUGAAAGGGCUAUUUGUUUUUGGUGCCUCUACAAAGGUACUUAGCUAUACUAAAGAACUUAGGCUGUUCUGCAAGAAGAGAUCUGCUUCAUCUCUUAGUCUUGAAAUUUCUGCUCUGUCAGAUCAUUUCCUUUAACCAGUCUAAUUUGUGUUAACUUGGCCACGCGGUAACAAAGAGUAUCUCUUGGCUUCAGAAAUAAACUUUCUGUGUAGUAAAAUAGUUGUUGUAAGGAGGAACAAGCUUUAACUUCACAACUUUUGCUUAACUGGAGGGAUAGAGCCUACAUAUCAAGCCAUUGUGAAACAAUGAAUGAUGAAGUUUUGGAUAUUUUGUGUAAUGGGAUAACAGGAGUGACGAUUCAUAUGCAGUAGCUUUUUUUAAAAAAAGUUUAUAUUACACUGUGCAGAGUUCAGAGCUUCUUUGACUAAUAUUGGCUAUUUCUGUUACUGUUCUUUUUUUUCUCUUGACUUUGUGUACCACUUUAGCAUAUAAUCAGCAUUUCUAAAUGGAAGAGCUUAACAAAUAUUAAAUAUGUUGCGAACUUACCAUAUGGGAAAUGAACUGCCAGUGAAUGCAGAAAAUUCAAAGUUUACGCUGGUGAAAAACUGUUUUGCUCUGUCAAAUACCUUUUAAGCAUUUACUAAUACUAGGAAAAGAUCUACGUACACCAGCUAGUACCUACUGCAUGAGUUGGGGAUGUCUUGAGAACACCUUGCAUGAUAUGACUGAUUUCAUUGCAGUGUAAUAUUUCAGUGCUACUGGUGCUGCAAGCUUUGUUUUUUCACACCAGCUUUCCAUGACUAACAAGGACAAAGAGUCAUUGUGUAAAUUGGACUAGAGUAUUUUACUUCAUAGAUUCAAGUCUUGAAAUAUUCUUAGGAUUUGUAUUUCAGAUGAGUAGAAUGAGAAAUUAUAACAGGUCCAGUAAUACUGGUUCCAGUUUCUAUUAGUUCAAGAUAUUUCAUUAAUAUAAGAAUAAUGCAAGCUUCUGAGUCAUAGGUAGGUAUCUACAAUGAAGUGCAAAUUGAUUCUGAUUAUGAACGUGACCCAAAAAGCUCACUGUAUGAAAUUAUUGCAUUUGGAGGAUGGGAAUAAGCUUCAGAUACUGAAGACAACUUCAAAGUAAUUCUAACUGUUUCCUUUGGUAUAGCUCGUAUUCUUGAAAGGUCAUAGGUAGAAAUGAACUACAGUUACGUAAUACCGACUUUGGAAAAGGAUUGUGUGUAGCUCAGCUUUGCAGAGCUUUUGAUGAGGAAUCACACUGUCUUAUGUUUCAGAUAUCACACUGUUCACAGUGAAGUAUUCACUGGAUAGCAUUAAGAUCAUUGCUUCUGGUUGUUGCUCUUUUGUUGUUCCACGGAAUGGGAAGGAUUACCCUCUGGUCAGCAGUUUGAUCUGAGUAGGAGGCAGUUUUCUUUGGUUUCAUUUAAUCCUUACAUGAGGCUUACUAAGAACUAUAAUAUAGCAAUAAACAUCUUUGAAGUUCUAGCUGACAGUGAAAUGGGAGGAAGUAUAUUGCUGUAGUUGCGAGCAAUGCAUUUUAUAACUACCUGAUGUGAUAUGCUCAGAAGUGACUUUUAAAAUAAAACAGCAGCCUUGAUAGUUCUGAUUUCCAUGUAUAUUAUGUCAACUAAAUAGUAUCUGCUCACUUGUUCAGGAAGUUCUUUUAAAACAGCAGCUGGCAAACGCUUCCCCCCUACACCACCAUCCCCAGAGAGCUUUAUUGGCACUUUGUGGGGAAAAAUCAGCUUAUGGAAAUAGAAAAACAGGUAAAACAAGACUGAAUGGCUAGUAGUUUUUAGUCAGGAUUCUUGCUUUUUUUCUUCACUACCUACUUGAUUUUUGAGAGAGUUCAGAAGGAAGGAUGCCUUUGAUGAAAUUCAUAUCUACCUUUAUCAUUCCGGUAAUGUGACUUAUUGACCUGAUGUUGUUUUUUUUUCUGUCCACAACUUUUUCUUUACAUUACCUACAAAGAACUGACCUGGCUAGAUUAGUUAAUAUUUGUAUUUUGAUUUUUGUUUUCUUAUGGAUUUAAAUUAAUUGGUCAUUGUAGGAUUUGUUCUUUUAAAUAAUUUAAAUAACUCCGAAGUCCAGCUGGAAUAUGAACAGACUUAUUAGUAGGUUAAAAACUCUUUUUCUAGUGCUAUUGUCCCUUUAGACGAAGUUAGGAUAGUACUAAAUCCAUGUCUUCCAGCAAGAUUCAGGAUCGUCCAAAUGUAACAUUUGGGAUAGAGAAGUUGAAUAGGAAAAGGAGGUGGGACUGUAACAAGCCUGCUUUUCCACUUUGCAGGCAUUAUUCUCGGGCAGCACUUGACCUUCGUUGAUAAUUUGAGUCUCUAGGAUUUUCCAGGUGUUGAAGGAACUGUGGCAGUUUUUUUCUCUUCCUGUCUUCUCUUGCAUGAGAAGCAAACAUGAGAAAUAAGUAUUAAAUCAGGACAAGAGAAUAUCCUUGUACAGAAGGAUAUGCUUUAGAAAACUCAUUUCUAUGGCAGUUGUUCUUCAACUUCUGCUACCCACAAAUACUGGAAGAUAAAUGAACAGAGAUGUGUACUUACCUGAAUUGUAAAGUCACACUCACUACAAAAGAUGCUGUCAAGAUACAUCAGCUAUGCAAGUAGGUAGCGUAACUUUAAUGUAUAGGUAGGUAGGUAGUACAGAGUUUUCAGCUAACUUCAAAGGAGCAAUUAAAAUUAUUUUUAUUAUGCUGAAUUGAAGUACAGCUAAAUUCUAAUAGAGAUCUUGGAUUGAAUAGAAAAUUUACAAGUAUCUAAUGUGAAAAUGUAUAGGUCUUUUUGAAGGCUCUACAAGGUAAAAUGCCAUGUGUGUUUUUAUUCUCAAAGGAUUGUUUUGGACAUUGUCUUUUUUGUUUGUUUGUUUGUUUUUUUGUUUUGUUUUGUUUUUUUCAAAGAGAUUUUGAGUAGUUUUGAAAUGCUGCACAUUGUUUUGGCAUAUGACACAAUGUGUGCCACAAAAAUUCACCCUACAGUUAGCGUUGUCCCUAACAAGUAACUACAAUGUUCUGACUGAAGAAUUAAGUUAAUAGUACAAAUGGGCAAUCUUGAAUGAAAACAAGGUCACACAAAAUAGGGUGUUCUCUUGGAGAAGUCUUUGCACUGUGGCUAAGCACGUUCUAAUAGAGGAAAUCAGUAGCAGGUCCCUUGGAUCAUAAAUCAUUUACUGGAGGUAAAUGCUUACCGUAGUGCGAAAGUAAGACUGUUAUUUCAGCAUCUGCAUUCCAAGUCCUAAAUCCCAGAUGAUAAGUUAAGAGCAGUCUGGUAGUUGUUCUAAAGAGCAGCUAGGAAACAAGUUAAGAAAACUGAUGCAGGGCAGGCAGUCUACUGCAGAGUGAUUUUUGUGCAACUUUUUUCUUUAGAAAGAACUGUUAGGCUUUAUGGUGUAGGUAGUACAAGUCCUUAAUUGAUUGUAUAUCUAGCCUUCAUUCCCAAUACUAGUCUGAAAGGCUUUCUGCCCUGUGGGAGAGAGAACAGGAGGCCAAGACGUUAUUCCAAGGCUGCUUUUACUGAAAUCUGAUAUGCUGCACUUAACUUCUUCAAGUCUCUCACUGUGGACUGCCAGGAGAGUAACGCUACACUGGACACUUCAUGCCAGUGUACAUGUAUUUUUAUAACUUUGAUUUUAGUGGCAUUUUUAAUGGAAAUUAUUUUUAAUCCUGUUAACAUCAAUCAUAUUUUAAUUUUUUAUUAAUAUCAGUGCCUGCAACUAGAAGUCAAAUACUUCUACACUCAACAUUUUUUAAAACUUGAUUUCCAGACUGGAGUGCUAGCAAGUAUGCAGUUUUAUAUUGAUUUGUGUAAUCCACCUGUAAAUAUCAAACUUUUUCACUUGCUGUCAAAACAUCAAUCAAGACUAAAGGAGGAGGUUCAGACUUGCAGUAUUCAACAGCAUCGUAUCCUUAUGACUCUGCUAUUAAAACAAGCAGAUACAAAAGCACAGGCAAACAAAAAAGUGGAUUUUAGAAGUAGCUUUUUAUAAACUCCGUAGUAGUUUUUAUUUUAGUGAUGUGCUAAGUAUUUUUUAAAGUUUGGCUUAAGAUAUCUUCGUAAUGUCAGCUUUUUCUCUCUUUUCCUCUCCUCACUUUAUCUUUUCACAAAGGGAACUUUGCUUCCCUUCUAUGCCCUAGUUUUCAAGAAUGCAUAUUUAUUGUAUUUUAGAUUAAAAACCAGAAAAAAUACACAUUAAAAAAAAUUAUUUUGUAACUGCAGCUCAUACUUAUGUCAUGAUGUGCCAACAAACAGUUUCUUGUUUUUGAAGUCUUCAAUCAUUCUCUUGUCCCACCGUUAUCUUUCUUAUGUGUUGUUCGUACAUACGGUUUCCUAGGAAAAAUCCACGUGGGGAAAAAGCAAUGCUAGGGCACUUUGUGUAAUGUUACAGAUGUUCCAUUCAUGUGACUAAAUACUAAUGUAAACAUACUAUUAAACGAUUUAAGCUUAAAAAUUCCUAUAAGAUAGAUUUGUUACAAAUUACACAGGAAACACCCUCCAAGUUGUGAAUGCUUGACUUCAAUGUCUCUAUUGCUGGGUUCACACAUAAAUUGUGUUGCUGUUCUGUCUUAAACACUAUUUUCCCGUCUUUCUAAGAGAAGAGCACAUAGUACUGUAUGAUACUGAACAAACCUGAGAAUAGAGGGACUCCCCAUCCACCAUUUCAGUAUUUGCCAAACGGAAAAGACUCUUCUGUUUUUAAUGUAAAUUUUAGUUUCUUAUUACUGCUAAAUUACUUCUGAACUAUGAUUUUAUAGUUUGAGCUUUGCAAAGUAUUACAGUUAGCAUGCUUCAUAGCAAAAGUGUUAUCAAAUAGAUGUUGCAUUAUAUAGACCUCUCCUGACCAGUGUUGCAUCGCCUGCUGUUUUAAAACGAAUUCUCAUUUCCUGUGUGCUUUUGGAGUUCAUCAGGACUUAGAAACAGGAGAGUGCAAUGCAAGUUGGAAAAGCUGAGGAGAUGCUGUAUUUGGGAGAUUGUUGGCACUUUAAUUUUUUGUUUUUUUAAGUCAGUGGGGAUAAUACUUAGGUGCAAUUACUACAAAUAAUAAACAAUCUAAAGAAAUGUCGUAGUCUUUUUGUGCACCGUAGACUAAAGUGCCUAAACAUGGGUGGUCAGUAGAAGACAUGCAUUAAACUUCUUGCAUGUACCUUUGUGGUCAUUUUGCUAAAUAACAGGUCAGUGUUUGGAAAGAAAAUGCACGGACUGCUAGUCCUAAAAAAGGGGAUAUGAUAAAAAAAAGUAUUUCCAUACAGCUUUUGGUAUAUAGAACGUCUGUAUAUUUACAGGUCAUUAUACACUGAAGGCAAAUAAGACUUUGAAGAAAUCUUUUCCAUUUUUAUUACUUUAGUGAUAUAAUGUGAAAUCCCACUGCCAUAUGCACAUUUGGUUUUCAUCCUUUUUUGUGAUUCAAGGAAAGAACUGGCACAACUUGGAAACAGUUGACUUUAGCAAAAUUUUCUAGUGACACCCUUGAUACUGCUUAUGCCCUACUUCUGCAGCUAGCUUUGACCUGCUUGAGAUCAGAAAGACCGCACUGAAGUUCGCCCCAUCUGUAUGGAUUUGGGCUACAACAGAGGUGAAUUGUAACAUGACUGUUUGGGACUGAGCAAAGAAGAGGCUCCAGUCAUAUGGGCCAAUUUUUAGAAUGCUUUUAGAGUAACUGAAUACCAGACUCAUCCACAGCUGUCAGCUACUUCCUUGCCUCUGAAAAUGGUGAGCAGUGUUAAUCGUCUAGUCUGACUGGGGAGCUGGGGCUGAAAAACUGAGAAGCCUGCCUUUGAGUAAAUUAUCUCUAAAUGUGAAGUGCUUGUAAGCUGAAAUGUUGUUAUAGGUUUAAAUCUACCAAAGGACGCCUUCCUCCAAGGAAGCCUUAUAAAACCAUUUUGAGCUUUUAGCUCUGAGAAGUGGCUUUAGUAACCUACGCUGUAUGUAGUACACUGUUGGGGAACACUUGCUCCAGUAAGCGCGCUAAACAUUUCCUUACACUGUGUGUAAGAGAUUGCUGCUUGUUAUUUUACUGCAGAGCAUUUUCAAGAAGCUGGUUUUGUCUUGUUUGUAAGUGUUAGUGUAUACCAGGCAGCAUUUUUUUAAUGCAAAAGUAGUAAAAGUUGGUUUGCCAUCUAGAAACCUAAAACCUUUAACAACAAUAAAUGCUGUGAGUUGAAGCAAGAUUAUGCUUUAUUAUUCCUCUAGUAAUUCUGGUGAAAUGCUAUAAUUUAUAUUUGUUUUUAUAAUGCACACGUUAUUAAAGUUAAAUUUGUGUUUGUUAGGUACUAGUGGUAAUACCACAGCAAAUAAGAAAAACUGUGAUAUCUACUGUGUAUUGAGUGCCCCAUCAACCUGCCUUUGUAAAGCAUUGAUCCGUGUGAGACAUUAAAUGUCUACUACAGUUAUGCUAAUACAGUAUUUAGUAUCCCUACAUGUACUCUGCAUGUCUUCGCAUUUGUGCACUGUAGAAGGAUAAAUUGUUUUUCAGUACUUACUCUAGGUUUAAAAAAGCUUACAUUAUUUUAUAUAGUAUUUCCCAUAUCCAAAAUAGGACAAUUUCUGAAACCAAAGAUCAAUAAAUGUUUAUUGUCUAUCAAUGUGGGUUUUUUUUCCUAUUUUGUACAUCCCACUUGCUUAAACGUACAAUAUCUCUAGACUUGCCAAGUAUGGUAACCAAACUUAUCUGUUUCUAUACUAGCCUAAAUUGUCUUCUUUAGAAAUACUUUAGUAUAUUGUUUCCCUCCUCAUUUCUUGGGGUGCAGCAGAAUAAUUUUCCCCCCUCCCUCCCCCAUCAGCAUAAAUGCAGACUGCCUCAGUCAUGUGAGUAGCUAUUUACCCAUGAAGAAACUUAGAUUUGCUAAAAACACUGUGGUCUCUUCUAAUUGUCUCAUCAUAAUAGCACCGAGAAGUAGGUCUAAAGUGUUUUGUAACCCUUACAGGUUUUUGAAAAUAUUCUUGGAAUACUGAAUUUCAUUAUGCAUGAAUUUUUGUUCCAUUCAUGCACACAUUGCUAUGCACUAAAUGAAUGAUUCCAAGCUGCUCAGGUAGUUCUUCAGCAGCAAAACAUCCUUUAGAAAGCAUUCUCCUUUGAUCUACUAGCAAAGUUGUACCAAAAAAAGGGGGAAAAAAACAAAUUAUGAUGGGAAGUGCUGCGGCAGAGAAACACCCCAUGGUCCCAAGGACAGUUUUUGAGCAAGGACAUUUUGUUAUAUUCUGCAAGCAUCAAAAUGCAUUGUGCAGACUGACCAUGAAAGCUUCCCAAAGCCAUAUUAACAGCAACUUUGGAAGAGAGAGUAAUUGGAAAAAUGGAAUUGGGUUGGAGGUGGGGAGCACGCAUUUGAAAAUACACAAGUUAUCUGAGCUAUGAGACGUCCUCCUGGGAAAGAACAACACAUGGCAGAGCAGGAUGAGUUAAAAUCAAGGUUAGGAGGAAUGUAAUGAGCUGUGGUGGGAUUUAUGUGUCUGGUUUGGUUUUAUUUGUACAAACUAAGAACAGUGUUCUUAGCAAUUUGGUUUCUCCAUACAGCCUGAAGCAUCAGUUUCAGUCCCUGAAACUGCAGCAGAAUAGAUGUUUUGUCUAGCAUGUAUGAACUCUUAAUCAUUUCUAGCAUCUGUAAUUCCAGUUCACAUACAGCAUUGCUUCUCAUGUGCUGCUUGAAGUUAUCAGUGAGCACCAAUGCAGUGUAGAUGGUUCUCAAGGUUUUACUCUAGGCUAGGUGUCUGUACCCUAUGAAGUUUGUUGUGUUUAACCUUCAGAAUGUCUUUGGCUGGAGCCCAAGUGGGUAAUUUAGUCUGUUAACUCCACAGCAUCUUACCUGUGUGCACCACAGGUAAGAUAAGUGCUGUAGUACUGUGGGGCACAGACAGCCAAGCAGCUGCCUGGAAGAUCUGUGGAGAUCCUGGAGAUGACUUUUGUGGAGGAAUGUUGGGCGCAAAGGGCAACGCUUGAAGAGCUCCAACCACUGGAGCUACUUGGAAGAAUAGUGGCCAAAGUGGUAUUUCUGUGGUGUUACCAACUCACCUUCUUAGGGAAUGAAAAGGGCCCUUUCCCAAACCUCAUGUAUGGGCUAUUUCAUGGUAGUAGGAAGUAAUUCAUCAUCCUAGCUCUGGAAGUGGGUGAGCUCUACAAUAUUUCAUGCUGCUUAUAAGACCUGCGUGCUCGAAGACAUCUCUGGAACAUUGUUUGCUGAGGAUCAGCAUUUUGCUUUCCCCAUGGUGCACCUUUAAUGGGCCUGGGGGCAAGGCUGCUUUGUUCAUAGCGUAUAGGGCCACAGGUCAAUUUUGUUGUUCUUGAAAGCUGAAAGGAAAACAAAACAUCCUUCUUUCUGAAAUAUGAAUUUCAGAGGCUUCUUUCUGUGACCUGGAUAGAGAAGUAACUUAUGCCUAGCAUUUCUUUCCACCUGUCAGACUUGAGCGUACUUUUUCAGUGAGCGCAAAAGUGGUGUGAUUUAUGUUUUUGUGGAUAUGUAGCAUGAAUAGUCCUCCAUUUAUCAUAAAUUAAAAGCAAACAGGUUGUUGGUUGAAGUCAGAUGUAGCUGCUCUUUAAUGAGCACAGGUGCCCUAUUGCUUCCCAUUCAUUUGGGUUGUGUCAGUAGAAGGAGUUAACUGCAAGUUUUGGUCCUGAAAUUCAUUUCUCUUCCUCAUCUUAGCCCGUACUUUUACCCUUGUUGUACCGUUACCAUCUUCCUGCUAUUAUCUCACUCAGAAGGAUGCAAUAGAAAACGGGCAUUUUGGUAUUGCCUGUGAAAAGCAUACAAAUGCUGCUGAAGACUUCAGGACAAGAAAAAUGUUCAGUGGGAAAGGUGAGAACUCUCUGCAGUGUCAGGAGAAGUCAGAGGAAGCUGCGUGGGGGAGCACUCUUUUAUCUUAGAGUAAGACAGGACACGAACCAGAAACUGGAGCCUGGUGCCAGGUAAAUUAGAGCAGUAACCAAUGCAGUUGUAGCAGUCACUAAUUACAUCACAACCUGAAGGGGUCAGUUCUCCACUGGGUUGUCUUCGGACAUUCUCUCUAUAAGCUGCUUUAGAUAAGCAAGUUAUUGCUCUUCAUGCAAGGAUUAUCAAUGAAAGGUAAAGGAACCAGAGGACAAAUGACUUUCAGUUUUCUGCUAAAGACUGGGAUUUGGGGACUUCUGCAUUGGCAUUGCUAUAGCUGGAUGCCAUGCGGCUGAGAGGGGAUAUGCAUUUCUUUACCGCAUCUGAAAUCUGGUCUACAUGUUGCCAUGUAUAUAUUACAUGCUGUCUUUCUAGUAGGAUAAUGAAUGUCUUUGAAUGGAAAACUUUCUUGGGGAUUCUUUUUCUAAAAGGUGCUGAAUCUUCCUGGAUGCCAGGAGCAGAGCUGAACAUUGCUCUUACAGCACUGGAAGCCUUUGCUUGAUCUUUCUGUUCCAAGGUUCUGCAUUUAUGACAAAAGCUUUUCAGCAAAAAAAAUACUUCUCAGUACCAGCUGUCCUUUGGUGUUGGAUAGUUCUGAGACGCUUUUCUCCUGAGCUGUUGCAAGACAAAUAUUUCCUGGUUUUGUAUUUAUGCAUUUCUCUUCUCUCCUUGAGUGUACUUGGCACGUUGGCUCAUUUCUUCAGGGGUUACCACGUCUUUGUUCAGGCCCAUUCUCCAAAUCUGUUACCUUAAAUUCAGAGUAACAGUAACGUGGGUCCAUUAGAUAUAGGUUGUGUUUUCUGUUCAAGUACGCUAACAGCAAUGAGAAUGCUGAAGCAUUUUGUCCUUAGAGGAACACUCACGCACACAAAUAUAUAUGACUAGUACAUAUGUGUUUGUAUUUGUAUACAGGUAUAUGUUUUUACAUAUAGACACCAUCCUGCUCCAUACUCCUGCCUUAAGAACAAAAUGCUCGUCACAGCUCUUUGGCAUAGUGCUCUGACUGGUGUGUAACUGCUUUGUACUCUUAAACCAUAUAUUCUGGUUUGCUUAGAAAAUUUUAUGCCACAUUUCCUCACAGGCCUAAGUAAACAGAAAGGUGAAGGCACAGCCUGGCAGCUUGCUUAAUUUCCCAUUGAAGCAGCAGACAGCUUUUGAUUUCUCCUUCUGACUUCCCUCAUCCCUUGGAUGUCCUUAGCUCUGCUUUCUUCCCAGGCUGCCCCUGGACAAAACCCAUGAAGUCACGCUGCUGCCUUCUGUAAAACCCUGCAGUCUGCAGCCCCCUGCGCUCCUGAUUUUAUCUGCACAAAACAAAGCUAUUCUGAAAAAAGUCAUCCUAUUGCAGGACCAAUAGUUGCCUUCAGUGUGUUAGUUUCUUUUUCUUUUUAACAAGGUUUUGGAUAAUUCAGUCUGUGCGCUCUGAACUUGUUGACGACACAAAGAGCUGUAGGUAUUUUUCUCUCCAUUGCAGACCUGUGCCAGAGAAGGAAGCAGCCUUUUGUGGAAGGCUGAGCAGGAACAAAUAUGCCCAAAGUUUCCUACGUUGUCCUGACAGUGCAGGUCAGAACACCUGUCCUGAAAGCCGCAUAUUUGCUUAACUGUCUUAGUAGUGCUUCUGCUUUUUAAAACAUCGGGUAAUGUUAAGAUCCCUCAAAAACAAAACAAAACAAAACAAAACAAAAAAACCCAAACUGAACUGACCAGGCAUGUACUGCUUACAUAAAAUGAUCUUUCUUCGAAUUUUAUUCGCUUUCUAAUUCUGCCUUUACUUCCACUUUCUGUUUCUUUUGAUUUAACUGAAUAAAAGUGAGUGUUUUUUUGGUGUUUUUUUUUUUGCAAGCUCUUUGCUGUGAGGGGAGUAUUAUGUCUGAGAAAAUGACUGCAGUAAGCCUUUCACAUAAAAACAUUUUGUAUACUUAAUAAAAAAUAAAAUUGUCAAAACACUGAAAGAAA